GCAUUAUCUGCUGCCCUGUAUGGGUCUCUCUGUCCAAGUACAAGGGCCCACUUUAAGCCAGCCCACUGUGUGUGGGAUGGGAAUGUUGGGUCCAUGGCUCAGCACAGCCUGCUUCCAGCUUGUUCCCACCCAACCACCCAUGCAGUACCCAUCCUGCUCUGCUUUCCUCGCCACAUGACAGUUCUGUGGCGAGACUGCAACCGCUGUCUCCUCCUGUGAGCUCCAGUCUCCAGCUCAAUGAUAGGACCGUGGACUCGCCCGAUGCAGAGCAUGUCCACUGUAUUUAGAGGCCAAAGGCCAGAGAAAACUUCUUUAGUAGUCGCUUUCCUCAGUCUGUGUGAGUUAGGACAGCAGCAGGAGGGGAAACAUUCUGUACUUAAUCGUUGGCAGUUUUGAAAUAAAGCCAAACCAUAAGGAGCCGGUUACACAAUGAGGCACUCCUGAAACAACAAGGAUAUUAAACUUGGAGUACGUACCCUGACUCACUCCAUCCUGAGCUCCAUCACACUGAUGCAACCUGGUUUUGGCCUCUCAAAAUGGAGCUGAGCUGAAGUAAGAUGGCCUCGGACAGAAUGGCGACUCCUCAGAGCAGCUCGAGACAGAGCAGCUCGCUCUCUUCAUCUCCAAUGAGCACCAGGAUGCAGUCUCUCCAGGUUGACUCUGUCCAGCGCUGGAUGGAGGACCUCCGCCACAUGACGGAGGUGGAGUGUAUGUGUGUCCUCCAGGCCAAACCCAUCGGGGUGGAGGAGGACUCCCAGCAGGGAGAGCUGAUUGUGGGCUCCGGGGUCGGUGCAGGGGACCACGUGGCCAGGAACAACCUGCAGACGCUCCUCCGCCGGGCGCUGGUGGUCAGCACGGAGCUCGGCAAGAUGUUCCAGCGGCUGGAGAAGGGACGCUGGCAGAGGGUCCACAGCACCGCCGUACGGGCAAACUGCCACGUUCGAUCUCUGGUGCACGAGUACAGCGCCGCCCGAAGCACACCACCUGAGAUGCAGAAGUAUGAGAAAUCUUUGCUGGAGAAGUGCAUGGAGCUGACUAAUAUCACAGAGAGGUGCCUUCACACUGAUGAUGAAUUCUUCCUUAAGUCCAUGAGAGAGGCCAUCCACGAGAUCCUCACUGAUGUCAGUGAUUCGUUCAGCAACAUGAUUGACAUGGCCUUAGCUAACGAGAUCCGGGUCCUGAUCAAACAGAUUGAAUCAUCGGACAGCGUUCACACCAUCGGCAGUGCCAUUAGCAACCUGCUGUCCCUCACACAGGACGGACCUCAGCUCUGCAGCAUCAUUGCCAAGGAAGGAGCUGUAGUGGCCUUGUUCAAGAUCUGCAGGCAGGACCGCUUUAAAGACCUCUACGCUCACGCUCUGAGAACGGUGGCAUCCAUCUGCUGCGUGGAGGAAGGCAUCAACCAACUGGACAAGGUGGAUGGGAUCCUGUGUCUGGCGGACAUCUUGACCGACGAAAGCAGUGUGGAAGCAGCCAGGGCCGAGGCGGCGGCGGUCGUGGCUCAGAUCACCUCGCCUCACCACACGUCCACGCAGCACCUCGCCAGCUUCCUCGAGAGCAUGCACGACAUCGUCACCGCGCUCAUCAAGUUGUGUGAGAGCGCCUCCUGUGGUGAAGUGUUCCUCCUCGCGUCUGCGGCCUUGGCCAACAUCACCUUCUUCGACAGCAUGGCCUGUGAGAUCCUCCUGCAGCUCAGUGCCAUCAGUAUCCUGCUGCAGGCCUGCAAAGACCGCCAGAGAGUCGACACACCUUACUCCAAAGACCAGGUGGUGACAAUCUUGGCAAACCUCUCAGUCUUAGAGCAGUGUGCCCCUGAAGUCCUGCAAGAGCAAGGAAUAGAGCGACUGCUGCUGCUGCUGGGAGAAAAGCCGUCCUCUGCCAGUCCAUCGGAGGGCGCCGCCUGUGAGCGUGUCCAGCAGAAAGCUGCCGUCACACUGGCCCGUCUGAGCAGAGACCCUGACGUGGCCCAAACAGCCAUCCAGCUAAAAGCUGUGCCUCGUCUUAUUGAACUGUGUCGGUCCCCCACUGAGAGAAAUAACAGCGACUCAGUGCUGGUCGCCUGCCUGGCUGCCUUGAGGAGGUUGGCAGCAGGGUGUCCAGACAGCAUCGAGGCAGCCGACCACCAGCAGCUCAUCAAACCGCGGCUGGUCGACUCCUUCCUGCUGUGUUCCAACAUGGAGGAGAGCUUUGUAUGACGGCUGAGAGCGGAGAGCUGAACUCGUGUACACGACCAUGUACAUAUACCGUUUCACGUUUCACUCCUGAAGCUUUGCUUGUCACUUCCUGUGGCCUUUCCCAAACAUUAUACCGAACACUCUGGGUUUGGGUGAGUGGAAUGAAACUGUCUGAAUGGAUGCAGAAGACAUUUAUAUGUAAAUGUACAUUAAAUGCAAUGAAUGUGUACAGUGUUUGCAUUUUAUUCAAUGGAGAAUUUCAUUUCAGCAAUCAUAUCAGUAAUUCUUUUGAAUGAGUAGGUGCUACUUUUUGAAAAUAAGCCAGUUCGAAACAAAACACUUUAUAUGUUACCACUGCGCAAUGUUUUUGUUCUUGUCUGAAGAUAUUGUAUCCAAAGCAUUUUGGCCAUCUGCAAUCAGAAAAAGUGGAUUAUACAUUAAAAUGCCUCUGACAGAGGUGAUCAUCUGAAGCAUUUAACAUUAAAGUACCAAGAUGUGUGUCUGGUUAAUUUCUUCUCAACUCUUUUUUUUUUUUUUUUGAUGGUGUUUUUUUUUUUAUGUUUUCAAUCAGCAGCCACUUUAUUCGGACGACCAUUUACAAUUAAAUUAUUGCAGUUAGACAUGAACUACUACAUGUUUUCAGUAUGUGUGUUAUUUGUGUACCUUAAUGAACAGGGCACUACUAGUAUUUAAAUUUUUAAACUGAGGCAACAUGAUCUAUUCGUCCUGGUGUACAUUGUUUUGUUUCUUAAAGAGUGUUUUAUGGCAUGUUGAACCUAAUUUGCCAUUAAUCUCAAAUAUUACAUAUAUUUGCUACUGGAAAAUGUGGUCUUGAAUAUAAAAAUGCUUUUUAUUUAAAGAGAAUUACCAUUAUUGUAUGCCUAUGCAUGGAAUAAAGGCAAUCAUCCAUCUAA